AUGAGAAUUCACACUGGAGAGAGGCCGUAUACAUGCCCCCUGUGUGUAAAAAGCUUCUGUCAUGCAGGAAACUUGGCAGCGCACAUUAGAAUUCACACUGGAGAGAGGCCGUACACAUGCCAACAGUGUGGAAAAAGCUUCAAUAAUACAGGAAACUUGGCAGAGCACAUGAGAAUUCACACUGGGGAAAAGCCUUACUCUUGCCCUCAGUGUGGAAAGAGUUUUAAACAAAAUGGCACCCUUGAAGUCCACAUGAGAACACACACUGGAGAGAGAAGUUUUACUUGCACACAGUGUAGGAAAAGUUUUUCUCAAAAACAAAACCUUGACACCCACAUGAGGAUUCACACUGGAGAGAAACCUUACACAUGCACAGAGUGUGGUAAAAGUUUCCCAUAUAAAAGCACACUCAAACACCAAAUGGUAAUUCACGCCAGAGAGAAGCCGUUUGUAUGUGCUCAGUGUGGAAAGAGCUUCACGACCAAAGCUAGCCUCAUGAACCACAUGGAUGGUCACACUGGAACCAUAGUGUUCACAUGUGAUCAGUGUGGAAAGAGUCUCACACGCAAAGACUCCAUUAAGCAACACAUGAACACUCACUCAGGAGAGGAUCGUUUUAGAUGCAGUGAGUGUGGAACGGGCUUUAAACAUAAAAGAAUCCUCAGCACUCACAUGAAGCUUCACAAUGGUGAUUAGAGUCCUCAAAAUUUAGGCCUUGUCCACACAAAUACGGGUAUAAUCAAAACGGCAGCUUUUUAAUAUAGUUUGGCUGUUCAUUCACGUGAAGUUUAUUUAUAAACUACUUUCGAGAGGAUCACAUGCUUAUGAUGGUCCUGCAUUAGCUAACACAUGAUUCACCAAUCAGAUGAAUCCUAACUCACUAUAAAUACCCAGAGUAGAUUUACCUCAGUUACCUUCGUCUUGAAGAAUACCCCUCUUUUCUAGAUUGGGCGACACGGCAGCCCAGCGGUUAGCACUGUUGCCUCACAGCAAGAAUGUCACAGGUUAAAGUCCUUACUAAACCAGUUGACAUUUUGGUGUGGAGAUUGCUCAUUCUCCCCGUGCUGACUUGGGUUUCCCCUGGGUUCCCAUGUUUCCCCCCAGUCCAAAAACACACAACCUAGGUAAACUGAACAUUUUAU